AUGGAAUCGAAUAGAAAAGAUGCUUCUGCCAGCAAAUACGAAGAACUCAUGAAACAUAUUUCUGCUGGCAACUAUGAAGAAGUGAUAAAAAUCGCCGAGGACUUGGAAUAUACUCUGGCUCUUACACCCAACAGUGAAAUUCCAAUUGAAGAAAUUUAUGCACCUUAUCUUGCAGCAUAUUUACUUCUUAACCAACUGCCUGCGGCAAAAUUUCUUUGGAAGCGCAUUCCAGAACGGACAAAAACAGAUGAAAUUCGUGCUAUUUGGAAUGUAGGCACAGCACUAUGGAAUCGUGAAUUUGAGAAUGUGUAUGGACUUAUUGAGGGCAAGCCAUGGAGUUCGUCGGUUGAACCAUUGAUGACUAGAUUAGCUGAAUUAGUACGUGAACGCGUGCUUAAUCUAUUGUCGGAAGCUUAUUCAUCAAUUGCCGUUGAUAAAGCUGCUCACAGACUUGGGUUGCCGCAAGAACAACUAAUACAAAUCUUAAGCAAUCGUGGUUGGGUGCUCGAUGCGGCAACAAAUACUCUUCAACCAAAAACACAUAAAACUGAAAUCGUGCAAAAUAUCUCUCUCACUAAUUUCUCACAACUUACUGAUUUGGUGAUCCAAUUGGAAAAGUCAUAG